UGGACAACCAGGAAGUCCAAGCCACAAUGAUCCUGCCAAGAAUCCACCAGUGUACCUUGAAGAUAGUUUUGUAAAAUCUGGAGUGUUCAACGUGUCAGAACUUGUGAGGGUGUCCAGAACGCCUAUAACCCAGGGGACUGGCGUGAACUUCCCGAUUGGAGAGCUUCCGAGCCAGCCAUAUUACCAUGAUAUGAAUUCGGGAGUAAAUCUGCAGAGGUCCCUAUCCUCUCCACCAAGCAGCAAAAGACCUAAAACUAUCUCCAUAGAUGAGAAUAUGGAACCAAGCCCGACAGGAGACUUUUAUCCUUCUCCAAAUUCACCAGCUGCUGGGAGUCGGACAUGGCAUGAAAGAGAUCAAGAUAUGUCGUCUCCUACAAUGAAGAAACCUGAAAAGCCUUUAUUUAGUCCUACAUCUCCCCAGGAUUCUUCACCAAGACUGAGCACUUUUCCCCAGCAUCACCACCCAGGAAUCCCAGGAGUUGCACACAGUGUCAUCUCAACUCGAACUCCACCUCCACCUUCACCACUGCCGUUUCCAGCACAAGCUAUUCUCCCUCCUGCCCCAUCUAGCUACUUCUCUCAUCCAACCAUCAGAUACCCUCCUCACCUGAAUCCUCAGGAUACGCUGAAGAAUUACGUACCUUCCUACGACCCGUCCAGUCCGCAGACUAGCCAGGUACUGAAUUCUUUUGGUUUUGUUGUGCCUGGCCAUUUUACUCCAGUUUUGGCACCCUCUCCCCAUCACAGUGCGGUGCGACCUGUGACCCUGACCAUGACAGAUACUAAACCCAUCACUACAUCCACUGAAGGUGAGGCAUCUUCACCUACAGCAACCACCUACACAGCCUCAGGCACAACCCAAGCCAAUCGAUAUGUGGGACUAAGCCCAAGAGACCCAUCCUUCCUACACCAGCAACAGCUGAGGAUUUGUGACUGGACCAUGAAUCAAAACGGCAGGCAUUUAUACCCCAGUGCCAGUGAGGAUACAUUGGGAAUUACUUGGCAAAGUCCUGGUACCUGGGCUAGCUUGGUUCCUUUUCAAGUAUCAAAUAGGACACCAAUCCUGCCGACAAACGUCCCAAAUUAUGGUUUGAACAUAAUCGGAGAGCCUUUCCUUCAAGCAGAAACAAGCAACUGAGGGAAAAAAAAAAAGAAAUAAAAGCAAAAUUAAAAAAGAAAAAAAGAAAGGAAGAAAAGAUGAGAAACGAACCUGAAGAAAGAAGAAAAAUAGACCAGCAAUUGCAGCACUUACAAUCACUAAAUCCCUUACGAUUGAAACUGUAAUGACAUACAGAGGGUCGAUGAUAUUUCACUGAUGGGUAGAAUGCAGCCCCUGCUAAGUAGCCUUUGUUAUAUGAAGUCUGCUGGGAAAUAGAUGUUCUGUCUCUGACAAUAUAUUUUAACUGACUUUCUAGAUGCCUUAAUAUUUGCAUGAUAAGCUAGUUUUAUUGGUUUAGUAUUCUUGUUGUUUACGCAUGGGAUCACUAUUCCUGGUUAUCUCACAAAACAAAGGCUAGGCGGCAGCAACAGAGCUGCAGGAGGACAAGGGCUGUGAGCCAGUCAUUUUCUCAGCACUCUGAUUUCUAGAUGUUUUAAAAAUAAGCUCUGUAGCCUUUAGUUAUCAGUAUGGAUUUAUUAAACUUUGGCCCUUCACCAAGCCUUUUCUAGUGUGUUACCCAGUUUGAAAUUUUCAAAGUCAGUAAUGAACACACGGGCUCUAUGGAAGAAAUGCCUCUACGCAGGUGAAAGUGUUAUCUCCUCAUGCAACAGUAAAAACAGAAAGAAAGAAAAUGAACAUUUUCCCCGCUAAAGAAACACUUACAGAGGCAAGUGCAAUUGAAAAAUCAUAUCUAAGGGGUCAUCAUUAUAAGUCCUUCAGCCCUUGGACUCUAAAUUGAGGGGAUUAAAGAAAGAAUUUAAAAUUACUUUGAACAAAUUUAUUUUUCCCCUCAGUUUUUGAGGGCAUUAAAAGGCAUUAAAUCAAGACAAAUCAUGUCAUUGAGAAGAAGAAAUCAUUGGAAACACAGCACUUAUGUUGGUUAGCUGCUGCCUCCACAGAGGGGUAGGAUUUAUUUAUUUAAAGUUACUGCUUGCAUCAAGAACCCUUAGGGUUUAUGUAUGGUUUUGUAAAAUCUGCAUCAUAGAGACAAAGAGAUAGGCAAAUCCAUGCCGCUAGGACAAAGCUUACCGUUUACAAACUGGUAAUACCAGGAUGGGGAUACGUUAUAUUUAAAACAAUGCACUCUCAAAGUAGGUCUAAUCACAGGGUGCUGAAACAUUGCAUGGUGCUUUCAGAGAUUAGCCUUGUUCCACAAAUCUCACACAUUGACAGAAAUAUAAUGUGCAUGGGUAGACAAAUUUUGCCUCUAUGUCUCUUUAAAAAAAAUAAUCGAUUAAAAUACUCUUUCCAGUAAUCCUGAUUUGCACGAAGAUAUAAUGUCCACAUUACGUGCCUUGCCUUGAAAUCAAAAAAAUGGAAAAAAAACAAAAAAACAAAAAACACAAAAAAAUUGACAUCACUACACUUGUUUUGCUGCAUUUAUUAUCAUUUUAAAUCUUUACCAUUUUUAUGACAAAAUAUUUUGUACUCCAGAUGGGAAAAAAGUGUGACAUCAUGGAUUUUUUAGACAGUUAUACCUUUAUCUCACAUUUAUAAAGCAUAUCAUGGCUGUGUAUAGUUGCCGCUUAAAAAUUGUAAUCGACCAGCAAUAUUUUCAGUAUUUUGGUGUUUUUUCUAUUAACCUUUCAUGUUUUUCAUCUUUCAAUUAAUAUUUGGGGGGGAGGGGGUUCAAAUUUAUACGAAUUAUGCAAUACCAAGUUUUGCCUAUGUAGGUAGUGCUUUUAGCUGUAUUGGUUAUUAUAGGUAAGUAUACAGAUUUAAAAGAAAAAAAAGAAUAAUGUAUGCUUUUUUUGUUUGUUUUAAUUGACCAAAGUGGGUACUGCUAUUUUUGCAGUGUGAUGAGGUCCUUUUGUGUACUGAGAGAUGGACAGGGGAUUUUUUUUUAUACAUAUAUAUAUAUUCUGGGGUGGGUGGGGAGGAUUUUUAACACUUUACAGUGUAGCUGUGAAGCAGUGCACCCUUAGCCAGGCAAGGGCUGCAAAGCGACUGUUCUGCCUACUGUGACAAACUUUCAAAUCGGUUCCCUCUUUUUAACUUCCCACCUGGGGUGCAAGCUGAAAUCAUUUCUGGAUUUAAAAAAUAAAUAAUGAAUUCUGUUGGAGGCAGACUUGACUUGAGGAAAUUGUUUUACUUUAAAUUUCUUUUUUUCUAAGAGAGAGAAAAAGAAAGAGAGAGGUCAAGACCCACAGUGAAAUGAACACUUUUCCAUUCUGGCAAAGAUACUGCAUCCUAAAGUGUCCAUUGCAGGAGAUGUUUUUAGCUCAGAAUGACAAAGAUGUUUGCUUUGUCUAGGAAAUGCACAUACAGGGCCAAAAUCUUUGCUGGCGUAACUCCAUUGACUCCAGUUGACUCUGGAGUUGUUCCUGCAGAGAAUUUGACUCCCUUCGUCUACAUGACUGGUAAAUAGCCUUCUUUUUUUUGUCUUCGUCAAACUUUUUUUUUGGUGGGGGGGUUGUUUGCUCACAGCAUAUGGGUUGCAGCCUUCUGCCUUUCAGUGUCUUUGUAGGCAGCAGGUCAGACAGGGAGCUCCGGACUGCAGUGCGAACGGAGGUUUUGAGCGUGCGGGUUUAGGUUGUGAUGUAAAUAGAGGUUUAUUUCCAGUGCAGUCAGAACUUGCGGAUCAGUAGUGAGCCUGUCACUGGAGACCUUUUACACACCAGGGGAUCCCCGAGACGCUCAGCUUGGCAUAGGGUAGGGUGCUUUUUUCCUUCAGAGCACAUCCCUUUUUUGGGGUGUGAGUGAGGGAGGGAGCAGACUGGUGAAAAAGGGGCUCCCUGUGGGAUAAUCCAGCCCCGGCGGCUGUCCCUACGCUUCAGAGGUUUCCCUGGAGCCUCACACUGCGGGGCGGCCCUGGCUCCGUCUCCGGCCCUGGGACCUCCUGACCGUGGUGGGAGCACCGCCGCACCACAACAGAAGCUGUAGAAAAGAAAAUCCUUAAGAUUUAUAUGUAGCUAAAUUGCAUAAACUAAAAAAAAAAAAUCAACUUUAUGUUGCUCUUUUUCUGAGCCCCAUAGUAAGUGAAUUCAUUCACUAAGUAAAUGGCUGUUGAGAGUAAAGGAGAGGUAGUAGGCCCACCUUGAGGAUAUCUCAGGCUGUGACCUGGUAAAAUGACCAAUGUAUUGCCCUUUCAGCACAUCACUGUUACAGAGCAGUUAGGAAGCGCAGGUGUGUGCUGCGGACAGUCCUUGAUUAGUACCAUUAGCAAGGUGUCUGCCUAGGCUUUUAGUAGCACGAUAGGAUGAAACUGAAACAAGUUCAGACUUUGAAGUGCAAUAGUCAAAAUGAGAAUUAUCCUUGUAGGAAGAUGGGUGGUCUUAGCUGAGCUUUGCUGUUAUCUGUGACCUCUCUAAUGGAAAAAAAUGAGCUUGGGGAUGCGAUAUUUUGAAAAGCAAACUGCUCCCCACGUGAGUGAAUUGGUUUGUUAAGCAACUGUGGGUUUUUCCACCUGCCUCUCAAACAGAAGAGCUUGUUUUGAAGAAAACGAACUUUUCAUUUCCUGUGUGUGUGCUUUUCUUUUAAGCUUAGAAGUCAAAAGAUGGAGAACUCAAAUCCAGUCUCUGGCCUCCUCCUUCACCAGGAAGUGUAUUCUGACUAAAUCAAGCCACCCCGUUCUAUGUGCACUGUUCUGCCUUUAUUAAGUUGCUUUGCAGCCCCUGGCCUCAUGGCUGUGCCACUGAAGUGUGUUUCCCCUGGAGUGACAUGAACGUUUGAGGCUUGACUAAGGAAAAAAAAGGCAGUGAAGGAGACUGUACAUAAAGACAUGGCAAAAAUAUUAAUUAUAGCAAUAUAAUUGUGGGGUGAUGUUCAGGUGGGCAGCUCCAUUGAAAAUAUGUGAAUGAAUUUGUGAAGCUGCAAGUAGCGAGAGGAAAGGAGGAUCUUC